UUCAAUGUCUCUUUCGAUCGUCGACAAUGGCAGAGAGCUCUUUGUUGUCAAAUUAAUCGAGAGAGGCGAAAAGAUUGAUGAGCAUGUACAGAGGGAGAUCAUGAAUCACAGAUCAUUGAAACAUCCCAAUAUUGUGAGAUUUAAAGAGCUCCGUAAUCUGGAAAGGGGUGUGGACAUAUUAGUUGCCAUACCGGGCCGCUUAGUAGAUAUGAUAGAGAGGGCAAGAGUUUCUCUUCGGAUGAUCAAGUAUUUGGCUUUGGAUGAGGCUGAUUGAAUGUUGGAUAUGGGCUUUGAGCCCCAGAUUCGAAGGUUUGUUGAGCAAAUGGAGAUGCCUCCACCAGGUGCAAGACAGACGAUGCUUUUCAGUGCCACAUUUCCAACUGAGAUACAAAGGCUUGCUUCGGACUUUAUGUCAAACUACAUAUUUCUUGCUGUUGGAAGGGUUGGUUCCAGCACUGAUCUAAUUGUUCAAAAAGUUGAAUUU